AUGAAUAGUGGAUAUCCUCCUAAUGGCCCUCCACCUGGUCCAAUUAAUGCCAGAUUGGAUAUGGAGAAUGAAAAAAUUUGGAUGAGGUUAGGUAAACUUGCCGAGUCUAUGAAUGAAGCCGAUAAAGCCAUUCACUAUUAUGAGAGAAUCUUACGUUAUAAUCAAUAUCAUGUUCAAGCUCUGACGAGUAUUGCCUCAAUUUAUAGAAUGAAGGAUCCUCCAGAUUUCCAAAAAGCAGUCGAAUAUUAUCACACUGCCCUUCAAACCGAAGAUAACAAUACAGAAAUCUGGGGUAAUCUGGGACAUUGUUUUUUAAUGAUGGACGAUCUUACUAAAGCUUACACUGCCUAUCAUCAAGCCAUCUACAAUGCUAAAUUACAAAAUAGAACAAAACAAGAUCCACAUUUAUGGUACGGAAUUGGUAUCCUCUAUGAAAGAUACAAUAGUUUGGACAAUGCCGAAGAAGCUUUUAGAAGUGUAUUGAAAAUGGAUGCACAAUUCGAAAAAAUCAAUGAAAUCUACUUCCGUCUAGGUAUUAUAUACAAACAACAAAAGAAGUAUGAACAAAGCUUGGAAUGUUUUGGAAUAAUUCGUAAAAAUCCACCACCACCAUUGACGGAAGCAGAUAUUUGGUUCCAAAUCGGUCACGUUUACGAAUUAAAGAAGGAUUUCCAAGAAGCAAAGAAUUCAUACGAAAAGGUACUCAAAUUCAAUCCAAACCACAGUAAGGUUCUUCAACAAUUGGGAUGGCUUUAUCAUCAAAAUACUGAAUUCCAAAAUUUAGAAACAGCCAUCACUUAUUUACAACAAUCUAUUGAUGCUGAUCCAUCAAGUGGACAAACAUGGUAUUUAUUAGGACGUUGCUUUAUGGCACAAAAGAGAUAUCGUUAUGCAUACAAUGCCUACCAACAAGCUGUUUUCAGAGAUGGAAAGAAUCCAACUUUCUGGUGCUCAAUUGGUGUCUUGUAUUAUCAAAUUAAUCAAUAUAGGGAUGCUUUGGAUGCAUAUAGUAGAGCUAUUAGAUUGAAUCCAUUUUUGAGUGAAGUUUGGUAUGAUUUGGGUACUCUGUACGAAUCAUGUUCACAAAUUCCAGAUGCUUUGGACGCUUAUCAACGUGCAGCUGAUUUGGAUCAAAAUAAUGAGCACAUUCAACAACGUUUAAUGUUCCUUAAGAAUAUGGAUAGAGGUAAUCCAGAAGAACCAAAGAAUUUGACUGCUGUUGAACCACCAACUGCUGGUCCUCAAUCAGGAUUCCAAUCAGGCAUAUUCCCUGGUCCUCAAUCAGCUGGUAAUACUCAACCAAAUCCAAAUAUUCAAUCAUUGGGCCUUCCAAAUCCUCCUGGUAAUUAUCCUCCACCAAAUCCAGCAUCACAAGCUCCACCAUAUCAUUCUGUUGAUCGUUAUCCAAAAUUGGAACCUCCAACAAAUUUACCACCUCAGAAUGGUCCACAAAACAAUUUGAAUGGUUAUGGACAACCACCAAUGGAACAACACUAUUUGCCUCCACCUCAAGAAAGACUUCAAGAAAGACUCCAAGAAAGGCAACCACAAGGAGGUUCAGCAAGUUCUUACAAUGGUCCUACUAGCACUGGGGGUGGCUCAAGUUAUUCACAUCCACCACCACUCAAUAAUCCACCACCAGCAAGUACAGCCAAUGUGAAUCCUCCUUCAUUCUCUCAACAACAACAACAACCAUUAGGAGGUUCUCAAUCCACUCCUGUUGGUAUUUCACAACCUUCUCAAGGUCCUAAAGAAGUUCUUUCACCAUAUCCAACAUCUAAUAAUGUUACUUUCCCUCCACAUAAUUCACCACCUCAACAACAAGCCUAUCAACAACCUCCACCAACAACUAGUGCCACUAAUGGAACAACUCAACCACCUUCAAAUCAACCACCUUAUGGAAAUGCACCAAGUAAUCCUCCACCAUCAUCACAAGUAGUUGGAGCUUCUCCACAAGUGACACAGCCACCUUACUAUCCAGUUUCACAACCUCCAAUGCAACAAGGUCCUCCACCUCAACCUCAACAACCUACCACUACUGUUCCACCAAGUGGUAUGAGCACCAAUUUAGGAGAAGUGUCACCAAUGAAGAGAAGAUAUAGUCCUAUCCCACAAAGUGAUUUGCAAAGUGAUCCAAAGAAGCUGAAACCAACACCAAAGGGAGGUGAUAGUGAUGAUGACGAUGAUGAUGAACAAGAUCAAAUGGUCAUACACGAACCAGAGGAAGAACCACAAUCCACUGCUAGAAAUAUUGUUGGCACAACGACAGAUAAUCAUGCCAAUGAUUCUGAACCAACAGUCAAUAAGGCAAAGAGUAGAUUUGUAAGACCAAAGAAGGCCUCUGAUAGUCAAGAAGAGGUUAAAAAGGAUUAAAUUGUUUCACAUUAUU